AUAACACAAUACGAAAUGUCAAUAUAUGAAAUGGGAAGUCGUGUUUGACUGGUCUAAGUUAACCAGAUUUCUUCUUUAAAAAUACAAAACCAAAAAAACAAUUCCAAAAAAAAAAACUCUAUUUUCCCAUUUUCUCCCGUUUAAAGCAUCCAAGAAAGCAUAAAAAAAAAGUAGAAAAAAUCCAUGGCGGAUUACAGAUCAAACUUGUACAGCGAUUCCGACAUGCAAAUAGAGCCUUAUUACCGGCCCCCAUCCGCCGGCGACUUCCGAUCGUACAGCACGACUUCGUACUACCAGACGGCGGCGCCGCCGCCGCCGCCGCGGAAGCUGAAGAAGGGGAAGAGCAUGGGCGCGUCGCUAUCGAAGUCGUGGAGCUUUAACGAUCCGGAGAUUCAGAGGAAGAAGAGGGUCGCGAGCUAUAAGGCUUACACAGUUGAAGGCAAAGUCAAAGGCUCUUUUAGGAGGAGUUUUCGAUGGAUUAAGGAUAGAUGCAAUCUUCUCAUUCAUGGAUUCUGAAGUUGAGUGUGAGAAACUGAGAGAGAGAUUUCAAGAUUUGUUGGUUUGAUGAGAGAGAGAGAGAGCUUUUGAUUGUGUGAAGUGAAAGAUGUAAUGUAAUCAAGAAGAAUUCUUGAGGUGAAUUGCUGCACUGCAUAUAGACUUUUAAGACAUUGUGUGUAUGAGUGAAAUAUGCGACCAUUUUUGUUCA